AACCAUGUGAAGUUACAAUAGUUUAACAUGGAACAAAAUCUAACAGUGAAUACUAUGCAUUCAUAUGUUGUUUCAUCGCACAUUCAACUUUAGACGAACGAGAGAUGAACUUUUCAUGAAAUCUAGAAAAUUUAAUAGCAUUCAUUUAUAUUUAAAAUUUACCAUCAUGCACUUCAACAUUGGGUUAAUUCUUAAUUGAUAAAAUAAAAACAAAAUGAGACGAGACGAUAUUUAUUAGGUAAAUGCCGUUCCUUCGCUGCUUGCUUUGCUUCAAGUUCCCGAGAACUGCUUCGAUUUCGACGGAUGGAUAGUAGUACCUGAAAAGGAAAAACCGUUACUGGGUAAAAGGCAGGUCCUUUAUUCGUUUUUAGGAAAGCAAGUAAUAUGUUUCUAUUAAAAUUAAAGUUAUAAGCUAAUAUUCAUCAAUACUUGAAAAGUAUCUAUUAUUUCAACAAAACCAAUGCUAAUUGUUUUGAUAAGUUGUCUACGAAAGCCAUGAUAUUCAUAAUUUAUUAUCAUUAUAUAAGCUAUCCAUCAUAUUAUAUCUUUUCAUUCUCCUUAUAAAUAUGCUUGAAUAUCUACAUAACAUGUGAUAUAAACCCACAACAAACGCCUCCUCUUUCAGCUUCUAUCUCUCUUCUACUGAUAACAAAAGGAUCAAUUGAGACAGAUCGAUAGAAAUGGAAAAAGUGAGAGACCUCGUCAGAGAAGGGAAGAGAGUGGCAAAAGAAGACCCCAGGAGAGUUGUUCACUCUUUCAAAGUGGGUCUUGUUCUUUCCUUGGUCUCUUCCUUCUAUUAUUACCAACCUCUCUACGACAGCUUCGGUGUUAAUGCAAUGUGGGCUGUCAUGACCGUUGUUGUCGUCUUCGAAUUCUCUGUUGGGGCCACGCUCGGGAAAGGACUUAACAGAGUAGCGGCAACACUAUUUGCGGGGGGACUUGGUAUCGGAGCUCAUCACCUUGCGAGCUUGUCUGGCUCAACAGGAGAACCCAUUCUUCUCGCAAUUUUCGUCUUUAUACAAGCGGCCUUGUCGACAUUUGUGCGGUUUUUUCCGCGGGUGAAGGCGAGAUAUGAUUACAGUCUGUUGAUAUUCAUACUCACCUUUGCGUUGAUAUCAGUGUCGGGGUUCAGAGAGGAACAAGUUCUCGUGUUGACUCAUAAGAGAAUCUCCACUGUGAUCAUCGGAGGACUCAGUUGUGUCCUUAUCUCCAUCUUUGUCUGCCCUGUUUGGGCAGGCCAAGAUCUGCAUUCUCUCCUCGCCUCUAACGUUGAGAAACUCUCCUUCUUUUUGCUAGAAUUUGGGGACAAGUAUUGUGAAACGGUAAAAGAUGGUGACACCAAAGAGGUUGACAAACGCAAAAAUGAUUUUGACAACUACAAAAGUGUUCUCAACUCAAAAAGCAAUGAAGAAUCUUUGGCUAAUUUUGCUAAAUGGGAACCUGGUCACGGCCAAUUCCGAUUCCGCCAUCCUUGGAAACAAUAUCUAUCCAUCGGUGGAUUAAUCCGACAAUGUGCUUAUCGAAUUGAUGCCCUGAAUUCAUAUCUAAAUGCAGAUAUUCAGGUGUCAAUUGAUAUAAGAAAGAAACUAGAAGAACCGUUGAGAAGAAUGAGUUUGGAAUCAGGAAAAGCAAUGAAAGAAAUGUCAGUUUCGUUAACUAAAAUGAUUAAACCAUCUUCUUCCGAUGAUCAUGUCCGAAACGCACAGUCUGCCUGCAAGUCUCUCACCAGCUUACUUCAUUCAGGCAUCUUGAAAGAAGUUGAGUCACAAGAAUUAAUCUCACUUCUGACAGCAAUCUCCUUGCUCAUUGAUAUCAUUAACCUGACCGAGAAUAUCUUGGAAUCUCUACAUGAACUUGCAUCAGCUGCAAGAUUUAAGGACAAGAUUGAGUCGCCUAUUUUUGCCGAGAAACCAAAUUCCAAAAGCAUUGUUUGUGGCUGGGCGACCAAAGGCCAAGAUGAUCAUGUUGUCACAAUUGUUAACGAUGAUUGUUGUAAUGGUAAUACAUCAGAAAAGGGUAAUCGCUCGAACAAGGUUUUGAUCCAUGAAAAACAUGAAGAUUGUGUACAUGAGAAACAUGAAGAUGAUGAUGCACAUGUAAAUUCGAGUUGUGAUUCUUGUGGUCAUACUAGUCUUCGUGUAAUUGUAGAAUGUAGAUAAUGAUAAUCUUUCAUGUUUUUUUUUUUUGGAACCCAAUAAUCUUUCAUGUAUUCAUAAGAAUUAUUAUUAUUUGCUUAAAUCAUAAGAAUUAUUUAUCGAUAAAGGAUUCUUUUGAGCUAAGAAAAAAAUUGUCAAUGAAAAAGAAAUUUACUAAUAAGAACCAAUGCUUAAAACAGUCAAGAGUUGUGUGCUAAGCUUAGUGAGAAUAAAAUAGUCUAUACACUAACAAAGAACACCAGAGGGAGAUAAUUCAAAGUUUUGUUUCUCGCCUUUUCUACUUCCGAAACUCGUCUCCAAAUCAAUCAACGGCUUUUAUCAGUUUCCCGCUAUAUAAAACAAAACAUAGGUUGUGGCCGAGAAAAUUAGAAUUAAUAGGUGGAAAAUAAAAAAAGUGGAAAUGAGAGAAAAAAUAAAACUGGAAGAGAGAGAGUAAAGUGGAGUAAAUGUAUUUACUCUUAUUUUAGUUAGGUAAAAUUGUAUGUGUAUUUUACUCUUUUUUAACAGUGUUUAAAGAAAAUGGGAGGAAAAUGAUUUUCACUUGAUUGGAUAAAAAAAUAGAGUAAUUCAGCUGAAACAAUAUUUAUUCCACUACAUUAUCGCUAAUAAUACUUUUCAGUCAGAGCCAUAACACAUAUAUGGAUAAAGUUUUCGAUAUUGUAACUCGGUCUAAACAAAUAUUUCUUUGUAAAAUGCUACCCACUUGCAUUCAGCUCGAAGAACCUAGUAAUCGGCAUUUCUAAAUGAAGGAAACAUCUUCAUAUUAUCACUUGAAAAAACUGUUUACUCCAAGUCCGGGUCUGUUAAUCAAUAAAAUCGUUAAACUAAAACAAAACAAUGGUUAAAAUCUAAAACAAAUGUAAUAAUUGUAUGGAAAAGUUGUCUUUGGUUUAGUGGUUGAAUCUUUAAAGUGUAAACCCUUUCACCAAAACCAAGAUUCGAACUACCCUUUAGAAACAAUUUUUUUUUUAAAUGUAAUAACUACUAUAUCAUUUCUCUCAAUUCUUUCAUACAGGGACUUGAUGAAAUAACAGCAGAUGUGGUUUAGAGGAAAGAUGAAGAGUGUGAUUAGUAAAUAUAAGAAGAAAUGAGAGUAAAUGAAAGAGUGAAAAUCAGAAAAAAAUGAAAAAAGUGAAAAAUGAAAGAAAAAAGUAUCCAGAAUAAAAUUAUAUCUCUAACAUAACUCAGAAUAAUAUUUAGUGUGUCUUUUCCUAUUUGUGCACAGUACAUAGAGUAAAUAAAAAAAUUAUAUCCCACUUGAUUGGUAACAUUUUAGCUCAAUAUAGAGUAAAUAUUGAUCUAGAGUAAAAUUUUACUCUAUUAAACCUUUCAAUCACACCCAAAAUUUUUGUUCUUUUGUUAUCGUUUUAUUUCCGAUAAAAUUUCUUCCUUUUAUUGCUUGAUUUCAAUUUUUUUUUUUGCGUUUUCCGAAUGAAUCAGCCUCUAAUUCAAAAUCAGAUAAGAAGCUUAUCCAAGAAUAAAAAAUGGACGACAAAAAAAAAUCUAAGCAUCACUCCAUAGAUAAAAUGGAUUAUCACGUUUCGACACAUUUAGUACCUGGCUGGUUCAAACGCAGGUUGCGGUUGCGAAAUUUUGCGGAUGCGGGUGGUUGCGGUUUCUAGCGGUUUUAAGAGAUUUGUACGACUGGUUCUGCGGUUAGAAAUUAGUGCGUUUGCGGAAUAUCUAUGACUGGUUAACUACUAAAUACAAUAGCGGUUAAAUAAUAAAUUAACAAUAUUUACAUUUUAUA